AUGCCACGUGCUCCAAGAACUUACUCCAAGACCUACACUGUCCCAAAGAGACCAUACGAGUCUGCUCGUUUGGACGCUGAGUUGAAGCUUGCCGGUGAGUACGGUUUGAAGAACAAGCGUGAAAUCUACAGAAUCAACUUCCAAUUGUCCAAGAUUAGACGUGCUGCUCGUGACUUGUUGACCCGUGACGAGAAGGACCCAAAGAGAUUGUUCGAAGGUAACGCUUUGAUCAGAAGAUUGGUCCGUGCCGGUAUCUUGUCCGAGGACAAGAAGAAGUUGGAUUACGUCUUGGCCUUGAAGCCAGAAGAUUUCUUGGAGAGACGUUUGCAAACCCAAGUCUACAAGUUGGGUUUGGCCAGAUCCAUCCACCACGCUCGUGUCUUGAUCUCUCAAAGACACAUUGCUGUUGGUAAGCAAGUUGUCAACAUCCCAUCCUUCGUUGUCAGAUUGGACUCCCAAAAGCACAUUGACUUCGCUAAGACCUCUCCAUACGGUGGUGGUCGUGCCGGUCGUGUUGCCAGAAAGAACUCUGGUAAGGAGGAAGGUGCUGAGGAAGACGAGGAACACGGUUAUAGACGUCGUACUCGCUACAAAUUCGCCCGUGGCUUCAGGAAGCACGGUGCUCCUGGGCUGAAGACGUACCUCCACACGUACAAGAAAGGUGACAUUGUGGACAUCAAGGUGAAUGGAGCGAUCCAGAAGGGACUUCCACACUACUUCUACCACGGCAGAACGGGCGUGGUGUUUGACGUGACCAGGUCCAGCGUUGGUGUGCUGCUCUACAAGAUCAUUGGCAACAGAUAUGUUGAGAAGCGGAUCCAUGUUGGUGUGGAGCAUGUCAAGCACUCCGAUUCCCGGCUGGAGUUCUUGCAGAGGGUCAAGGCCAAUGCUGAGAAGCGUAAGGAGGCCAAGGAGAAGGGCGAAGGCGUGUUGUUGAAACGUCAGCCAGCAGCUCCCAGGGAGGCCCACGUCGUCUCCACUGCCAACACCACCGUUGUCACGCUGAGACCACAGGCUUACGAGACGUUUAUCUGA